AUGUCGGCGUCGCAGAGAAUUUUCUGCGCUAUAACUCUUCCUCACCCUCGUUUGUAUGCGCCUUCGGCCUUCAAUUACAGGGCCUUCCCCUUCAUUUGCCACCCUCUUUCCCACUUUAUCUUACCACGCUCUCUCACUCUCGCACCUUUAACUUCCUCCCCUUUCCCCCUUUCUCGUGAUUCUCGAUUCAUCAUGCCUUACAAUCAGCGAAAGGGUGGCCGUAGAGAACAGAAGUGGAAAGAGAAGGCAAAGGUUGAUAGAAAUUCUACAGAGUCAGAGGCUGCUGCUGAAGUUGUUACUAAUGCACUCGGUAAAUUGAGGGUCACUGAAAAUGAUCAACCUCAUGUUCUUACUUCUAGUGCGCAGUUUGGAAAUGCCCAGCUGACAAAUCAGGUCACCCCUGGGCUUGCCCAUAGAGCAGUUUGGAAACCAAAAGCGUAUGGAACAACUAGUGGGGCUGCAGAGGUUGAAGGUGAAAAAGCACCUACCAAUGGAACGUCAACCGAAAACAAAGGGAGCAACGCUGAACUGGCAGCACAGAACGGCGCCGUUGGCUUGAGUCAAUUAUUCAAGGGCAAUCAGAUUGAAAAGUUUACUGUGGAUAAUUCUACUUACACACGGGCACAAAUAAGAGCUACGUUCUACCCUAAAUUUGAGAAUGAGAAGUCGGAUCAGGAGAUUAGAACAAGGAUGAUAGAGAUGGUAUCGAAAGGUUUGGCUACAUUGGAGGUUUCACUAAAACACUCAGGGUCUUUGUUUAUGUACGCUGGCCAUGAAGGUGGAGCAUAUGCAAAAAACAGCUUCGGGAAUAUCUACACUGCUGUUGGUGUCUUUGUUCUGGGAAGGAUGUUUCAAGAGGCUUGGGGAGCUGCAGCAGCAAAAAAGCAGGCAGAAUUCAAUGAUUUCCUUGAGAGUAACCGCAUGUCCAUAUCAAUGGAGUUAGUAACUGCUGUUUUGGGAGAUCAUGGCCAGCGACCACGGGAGGAUUAUGUGGUAGUUACAGCAGUUACAGAACUGGGCAAGGGAAAGCCAAAGUUCUAUUCAACUGCAGAAAUAAUAGCUUUUUGUAGAAAAUGGCGCUUACCAACUAAUCAUGUUUGGUUAUUCUCAAGCAGGAAGUCGGCAACAUCUUUUUUUGCUGCAUUUGAUGCCCUAUGUGAAGAAGGAACUGCUACUUCAGUAUGUAAGGCUCUUGAUGAAGUUGCAGAAAUAUCUGUACCAGGCACAAAAGAUCAUAUAAAAGUGCAGGGUGAAAUUCUUGAGGGUCUUGUGGCCCGUAUAGUGAGCCAUGAGAGUUCAAAACACAUGGAGAAAGUAUUGGAAGACUUUCCUGCUCUGCCAGACAACGAAGUAGGUGGACUUGAUUUAGGACCGAGCCUAAGGGAAAUUUGUGCUGCAAAUAGGUCAGAUGAAAAACAGCAAAUAAAAGCACUUCUUCAAAACGUUGGUAGUGCAUUUUGCCCUGACCAUUCUGACUGGUACGGUGAUUCCCACUCAAGAAAUGCAGACAGAUCUGUUUUAUCAAAAUUCUUACAAGCCAACCCAGCUGAUUUUUCAACCUCCAAAUUGCAGGAAAUGAUUCGUCUAAUGAGAGAAAAACGACUUCCAGCUGCCUUCAAAUGCUAUCAUAAUUUCCACAAAGUUGGUUCCAUAUCAAAUGACAACCUUUUCUAUAAAAUGGUCAUUCAUGUUCACAGCGACUCUGCUUUUCGGCGAUAUCAAAAAGAAAUGAGGCACAAGCCAGGUUUGUGGCCAUUAUAUCGAGGCUUUUUUGUUGACAUCAAUUUAUUCAAAGAAAACAAGGACAAGGCUGAAUUAGUGAAAAGUAAAAACAAUUUGAUGGAGAUUGAAGGCAAUGGAACCUUAGGAAGAGAUGGAUUUGCUGAUGAAGAUGCAAAUCUGAUGAUAAAACUGAAAUUUCUUACAUAUAAGCUGCGGACUUUUUUGAUUCGUAAUGGCUUGUCAAUUCUCUUCAAAGAAGGUCCAGCUGCAUACAAGGCCUAUUACUUGAGGCAAAUGAAGUUGUGGGGUACAUCAGCCGGAAAACAAAGGGAGCUCAGCAAGAUGCUUGAUGAAUGGGCUGUAUACUUGAGGAGGAAGUAUGGAAAUAAACAGUUGUCAUCGGCUACCUAUCUUAGUGAAGCGGAACCUUUUCUUGAACAGUAUGCUAAACGCAGUCCUCAGAAUCAGGCUCUUAUUGGAUCUGCUGGAAAUUUAGUUAAAGCAGAAGAUUUCUUGGCCAUUGUCGAGGAAGGAAUGGACGAAGAGGGUGAUCUUCAGAAGGAGCAGGAGGCAGCACCAUCAAGUCCAAUGCUCUCUGGGAAGGAUGCUGUGCCAAAAGCGGAGGGUUUAAUCGUGUUUUUUCCAGGAAUUCCAGGCUGUGCAAAGUCUGCUCUUUGCAGAGAGAUACUGAAUGCUCCAGGAGCACUUGGAGAUGAUCGACCAGUCAAUACUCUAAUGGGUGACCUGAUUAAAGGAAGAUAUUGGCAGAAGGUUGCUGACGAGCGUAGGAGAAAACCAUACUCCAUAAUGCUUGCAGACAAAAAUGCACCAAAUGAAGAAGUGUGGAGACAAAUUGAAGAUAUGUGUCGUAGCACUAGAGCCUCUGCAGUUCCAGUUGUACCUGAUUCUGAAGGAACUGAUUCUAACCCCUUCUCUCUUGACGCACUGGCUGUCUUCAUGUUCCGUGUGCUGCAAAGAGUUAACCAUCCAGGAAAUCUCGACAAGGCAUCCCCUAAUGCAGGCUAUGUCCUACUAAUGUUUUAUCACCUUUAUGAGGGCAAGAGUCGCAGAGAGUUUGAAGGUGAGCUUAUUGAUCGUUUUGGGUCUUUGGUUAAGAUUCCAUUGCUGAAAUCUGAUAGGAAUCCUUUACCAAAUAAUUUGAAGACUAUCUUAGAGGAAGGAUUAAGCCUGUAUAAGCUCCAUACUAGUAGACAUGGAAGGGUGGAUUCCACCAAAGGUUCCUAUGCGAAAGAAUGGACCAAAUGGGAAAAGCAAUUGCGAGAAACUUUGUUUGGUAACACUGAGUAUCUCAAUGCUAUUCAGGUUCCAUUUGAGUUUGCUGUUCAAGAUGUCUUGGAGCAAUUAAAGAAGAUUUCAAAAGGCGACUUUAAAAGCCCUAUUACAGAGAGGAGGAAGUCUGGGGCCAUAGUGUUUGCUGCUGUCAAUCUCCCUGUUCAGGAGAUCCAAAAUCUUCUUGGCACUUUGGGCAAGAAAAAUCCCCGUGUUGAAGCAUUCCUUAAAGAACACUACAAGGACUAUACACUUAAAGGGGCUCACGUCACACUCGCACACAAGAGAAGCCAUGGUGUUAAGGGUGUAGCUGACUAUGGCAUCUUCGAAAACAAAGAAGUUCCAGUCGAGCUGACAGCCCUACUUUUCUCAGAUAAAAUGGCAGCCUUUGAAGCCCGCCUUGGCAGCAUUGAGAAUGAAAGAGUGAUUUCCAAAAAUGAGUGGCCCCAUGUAACAUUAUGGACUAGAGAAGGGGUUGCAGCCAAAGAAGCUAACGCCUUACCACAGUUAGUAUCGGAAGGCAAAGCAACUCUUGUUGAAAUCAACCCUCCCAUUAACAUUUCAGGCACGGUGAAAUUCUUUUAGCCUUUCCCUCUAUUCAUUUCUCUGCAUUCUCAAGUUUGAUAGGAUAGAAAUAAAAUGGACAGGAAAUGUCCAAGGCAUUAAAUUUUGCUUGCUGAGGUUUUUAGUUACAGUUGAUAAGAAGUUUUGUAGAAUUUCUCUAUGACAAAAUUUUGUAUGUACAGGCCACUUUGAUCUACCUCAAAACAGGUUGAACUUUGUUUAUAUGAUUAAGUUGGAAAUUUUGUCAUUUCAAUAUAUAUAUUUUUUUCCAUUUGAGUCUAACAA